CUCGCUUUCUAGUUUCUACCUCUUCUGCAAGCAAAACCUGUUCCACCCUCCACGCGCGGCUUCUCCUACUUUGGUUUCGUCCAAUUCAGUCUCAGACCGAACCUCUUUUGUCUCCUUAUCACACGUGUUCUGUCGCCUCACUUCUAUGCUCCUCUAGAUGUACCUUGUCCUUCCAUGUUUGCCCCGUACACGAGAAGCGCAAUUGGUUGACUUUUUGCUUUAAUGGAUCAUACUCAUAGUGAAACAACAAUCAAAACCGAUCCUUUUCUCUUCGAAUCAUAUGCCGCUUACUGUAUAUGCCGUCUUCUCCUUACCGCUGUCCCACUGUAACCGAGCUUCGCAAGUUCAUACCCAAAUCUUGGAAACAGCCACCGAGACACCGCAUCAUCCUAGAUGAAACAACACCAGUUCCGGUUGUUGUUCUGUUCAAAUCUCUCGGACGUUUCAUCUCCCAAGGUCAUCUCUCUGAAGCUUUCAGAACUUUCUCUCUUCUCCUUCUUCGUCACCACCAGUCUGGUUCUCAUGAACUCGUUCUGCAAUCAGCUGCUUCCCUUUUAUCGACUUGCGUGGCGGUUAACGAGUUCGUUCCAGGUCAGCAGAUUCACGCUCGUUGUAUCUCGUCCGGUUUGGAGUUUGAUCCGGUUCUGGUCCCAAAGCUUGUUACUUUCUACUCUGCUUUUAAUCUCCUCCACGAAGCACGGACCGUUACUGAGAGCUCUGGCGUUUCCCAUCCCUUGCCGUGGAAUGUGCUCAUCGGAUCGUAUGUUAGGAACAAACGGUUUGUUGAGGCAGUCUCUGCUUACAAGAGAAUGAUGAGUAAAGGAGUUCAACCUGAUGAGUUUACUUACCCGUCUGUUCUCAAGGCUUGUGGAGCGUUGCUGGAUUCUUCUUCUGGGAGAGUGGUUCACGGCUCCGUUGAGGUUAGCCCUCACAGACGCUGCUUGUAUGUAUGCAACGCGUUGAUAUCUAUGUAUGCUAGAUUUGGUGAUGUGGAUAUUGCUCGGAGAUUGUUUGACAUGAUGUCUGAACGGGAUGCUGUCUCGUGGAACACGUUGAUUAACUGUUAUGCGUCUCAUGGCAAGUGGGAGGAAGCAAUCGAGUUUUUCGAUAAAAUGAGUCUCUCUGGUGUAGAAGCGACUGUUGUAACUUGGAACACGUUAGCUGGAGGUUUUUUGCAGACGGGAGAUCAUGUAAAGGCUUUGAGUUUUGUCGCUAAGAUGAGAAAUCACAAUGUGAGUUUAGAUUCUGUAGCUAUGGUUAAUGGUCUGAAGGCAUGCUCACACAUUGGAGCGGUGCGGUGGGGUAAAGAGUUCCAUUGCCUUGCGAUACGUAGUUGUUACGCUCGGAUAGACAAUGUUGGAAACUCGCUGAUCACAAUGUACUCGAGAUGUGGUGAUCUUAAGCACGCUUUUAUAGUGUUUCAGCAGAUGGAAGGGAUUGAUUUGAGUACAUGGAACUCUAUCAUCUCCGGUUAUGCGAACAACGAGAGAUCAGAAGAAGCAUGUUUCCUGCUAAAGGAGAUGAUGCUCUCUGGCUUCCACCCAAAUCACGUCACUCUCGCCAGCGUUCUCUCGCUUUGCGCUCGGUUUGCAAACCUGCAGCAUGGGAGAGAGGUGCACUGCUACAUCCUGAGGCACCAAAGCUGCUUCAAGGACAGUUUAACCCUGUGGAACUCCCUUGUUGAUAUGUAUGCGAAAUCCGGGAAAGUCGUAGCUUCCAAGCGGGUGUUUGAUUUGAUGAGCAAGAGGGAUAAAGUGACGUACACUUCAUUGAUAGAUGGAUACGGCAUGGUGGGUGAAGGAGAUGUCGCCUUGGCGUGGUUCAAGGAAAUGAUCAGAUCCGGUAUGGAACCUGAUCAUAUAACCAUGGUUGCAGUUUUAUCAGCUUGUAGCCACUCCGGUUUAGUUCAUGAAGGAGAAAGGCAGUUUAAGAAGAUGCAGUAUGUGUUUGGUAUACUCCCUCGCCUUGAACACUAUUCUUGUAUGGUUGAUCUCUACUGCAGAGCAGGUCUGCUUGUUACCGCCAGAGAUGUAAUCCGGAGAAUGCCUUACGAGCCGUCCCGUGCAAUGUGCGCUACCCUGAUCAUAGCUUGUUUGGUCCACGGGAACAGAGACAUUGGUGAAUGGGCUGCAGAUUUGCUACGGGAGAUGGGGGCAGUGAAUUGGGGACACUGUUUGUUGAUUGCUGAUAUGUAUACGGCUUCUGGUUCUUGGAGCAAGCUUGAAGAGGUGAAGAGGCUGAUGAGUGUGCGAGCUGCUCAUGAUGAGUUUGCUACUCUUGGUUCUUCUUCAAUCAAUCAGGAGCAAAGUUCAGACGAAGAACGUCUUGUAGAAGUAGGGUAAAAUGUGUUAUCUGACGGUCCUGAUUUUGAGAAUGAUCAAACUGGGAACAUUGGUUUGUUGAUUGUACAUAAUCUUAUACUGCUAUACACAAUCGUGUUUUACAA